CUUCCUCUGUGCAGCUCUUCUCCCUGCAGUGAACCAGAACCGGCCCGGUUCGGUGCUGCAGAAUGAGCGCCGCUCAGUGACAACAUGCUGGAUUCUUAAUAACAAAUUUCUCUUUUUUUAGUUAAUUUACUGAAAUAUCAGCUGAUGCGGUUGAGGCAGUGAAGGAUCAGAUGUUGGUGUCAGGCUGACCUAUCGCAGCGCAGCGCGCCGCCGGCCAGCCCUCCCCCACCCGGACACAUGCUCAGCCUCUCCGGGCAGGCAGGGCGCAGCGAGGCGCAGCGGACUGGAAGCAUGGCGGCGCGGCGGGAGGAGGCUGCGGGAGAGGCGUAGAGGUGGAGAGGAGGGAAGGAGGGAGGGAGCCGCUGCUGCUGCUGCUGCUGCUGCUGCUGAGGAGCCAGCACAUCCUGCCGUCCGACCCGAUCAGUUCAGGUUCGGUUCUGAUCCCUGAACAGCUGCAGCCGGAUGAUGCGGGAUGUCUCCAGAAACCUCCCAGGCUGCUGACUCCGCUCCAGCCGUCUCCGUGGAAACGCGCAGUGUGUAACCUUUACAGUAGUUCUUUGGGUCGUGGUGGUUCUGAACCUGCAUUGAUUCAUCCGAAGGAGCCAUUUUGGGUCAGAUCACUGAGGCCUGGUUGAUGCGCCGCCGUCGAGUCGGAUCCAGAAUAAAACCCCAGCUGGUGAAGCUUUGGAGAGCUGAGAGGAGAGGAGCCGACUGAGCGCGCUCAGCAGCAGAUGGUGACACUGCAGCAGCACUUCUCCAGCAUGGAGCAGACGGUGCGGUCCCUGCUCCAGAACCAGGACUCUCUGGACGGACCCAAAGUGGAUCCUCUGGACCUGAUGAAGGCCUACAAGGACAAGCUGCUGGAGGAGAUGUGGAAGCAGCAGGACAGUCUGGACGGCCCCACCGCCGCCGCCGCCGAGGCGCCGCCGUCCCUGCAGGCCACCGCCGCCACCGCCGACAAUCCUUUGCUGGAACGCCUUCGAGCGCUGGAGGCGGAGAACUCGGCGCUGUCCGUGGAAAACGACAACCAGAGGAAGCAGUACGAACGCUGCUUGGACGAGGUGGCCAACCAGGUGGUGCAGGCGCUGCUCACGCAAAAGGACCUGAAGGAGGAGUGUGUGAAGCUGCGGACCCGCGUGUUCGACCUGGAGCAGCAGAACCGGAUCCUGAGCGUUCUGUUUCAGCAACGGGUCAGAACCUCCACUGCUCCCGUCUCGCAGGAGGUCCAAAGAAACGGAAAAGCCAGAAGUAUUGCUGCAGGAAGAUGGCCCAGCCUGCUGAGCCUGACCUGCCCACGAAGCAGCGGCAGCGGCAGUGAGCUGUCUCUGUCCAGUGCUUGCAGUGAAUACUCCAGUGGUUCCCAUACCUGGGCAGAUGGACGCGGCUUCUCCAAGCAGUGUGCCUCCAGCCGGGACAAGCGUAUGAGCACAGGCUCAGUAUCCAGCAAUCAUUCAGUGUUCAUUGAGCCAACAGACCUGGGAUGGAAGGAGGGGCAUAUCCUGAAAGGCCUCAAGCAUCUCCAGAUGAACAAGUCCAAAGAGGCAACCUCAGCUGCAGCUGUUCCACACUGCAAAGACUGCAUGACCUCAAACGAGGGCAUUUACUCCUCUGGUGUCAAGUCGCGCCAACAAGGGUCUCCUGCUAAGAAAAGUUCAACAAGAAAACCUUUGACAGCCAAGCUGCAGGCGUCCAUCCUGGACUCUGAUGAUCCAGAUGAAUCUGACAAACAAUCAACAAAAAAACGUCUUCAUUUGGACUCAUUGGAGGUUUCUGCAGAUGAUGACAAAGUUUCUGAUGAAGACUCGAUUCUUCCAGCUAGCUCCGGUCUCUUCCCCUCACCCGACUCUGACAACUUCCCAUUUUUAGAGGCCCCCACCGUUAAACCUGGUGUGAGUCCAACAGAUAGCCUCACAAAGUCUGGGGGAUUCAACAGAAACUCAUUAGAUAGACACAUAUCAGGAGUGAAGCUCAGCGACAGGAAUAAUAACCAAGAACAGGCCAGUGACCGUAAAUCCAGGCUGGACUUCAGCCAAAGACAGCAAGGCAGACUUCCUAUGAAGCAAACAGAAGCAGAGGUAAAUGAGGUGAGUUCCUCAGCUCAGCAUUCUGCAACCAGAGCUCUGAGCUGCAUGAAUGAAGCCAGACAGCGAAGCGCUUCAAUGGAAGUGCCUCACUGCAGAGACCAGGCAAAUCCAGCCGGUCGGGACAGCAGGGACUGGACCAGCUCAGAAUCUCCACAGAGGAAACCAAAACCUCAGUUUUGUGACUCAGCAAGAAAAGCUUUCAUUCUGAGAAGCAAGAGUGCAGAUGGAGGCCAAGAUCAGCUUAAACACACCCAUUCUCCUCUACAUCAGAAGCUCAUCAAGGGUCAAAGACCGAAAGGACAGGCAACCUCUCCAGGACACAGUGUGCCCAGCAAACGGUCCAACCCUCACGGUUCCAGCAAGUGCACAUUAUCUAAAACUGACAAAGAUCAAGAUGUUUCAACACCAGUCGGCUCCAAGUGUCUUGAGAGUAUGCAACAUCUGUCUCCGCUCGCAUCUCCUGUGAAACAGUCAAAGAUCCUUAAGUCACCAGGCAUCAAGGACAGCCUGAAGAGUCCAACAAAACCAUCAUCUAGAGUCUCAAGCAAUGACUGUGCUGAAGAGAGCAUCUAUGACAACCUGCCCUGUUCACCGAGGAAACAGAGACGCCAAGAAGACCAGGGAGAUGCGUUCAGAUCAGAGCGAAGGUCUCCGUCUCCACCGCUGCCACCAGGCCAAACUACUUCUCUUCUCCUUAAAGCCGGCUCCGACAGCACAACCAAAGACCAGAAACUGGCAACUCAGCCUCAAAGCUCAACCACUGGCAAGCCAUCAACAGCUACUGACUUCAGUUCUGUUUUAGAGACUCAGCAGUCCAACACCAUAAAAGAUAAUCAACUUGCUGACCUGCAAAUGAGAGACGUCUCCCUCAAAACCUUCCUUACCGAUGGGUCAAAGAUUCCUCACCUCCCCGUUCAAGAAUCACAAUCCUCAGACUCAGUUCAGCCGGACAGAAUCACCACAUGCCGGAAUGAGAAUGGAUCAACAAACCAGAACAUCCUACAGAGAUCCCAGCAGAGCAUUAGUGAGCCAAAGCUUUCUGAAGUCCUGCCUACCGGUUUCUCUAAUGUUUACUAUCAUGGGGUUCCCAGUAAUCUCCACACAUCCUCCUCAAAUGCUGUGAAAAGGACACUUCCUGUGAAUGCUAAGUCUCAUGAAGCAAUCUCUGGACAGAACACCAGUACCUUCUUGAUCUUGGGGAGACAGAGUUAUGACGACCCAAACAGUCUGCAGACUUUUCAAGCAUUUACAUGCGAUCCCCAAGUGAUGCAUGAAUUUGGUUCACAGGAGAAGUCUUGCCGGAAGAUUGAGACCCGCUGCAACUCCCUGGACUCUGAGCCUCUGCAGCCUGCAGCAUCUGACGCCAGCGGGAUGCUGGACUGGGGCUUUGAUGAGCAAGGCUGGCUGUUUAAACGCUCCGUGUCUGUGUCGACCAGACCUCUUCUCAAACCAGUGAUGGGCAUGAAUGGAGCUAAAGCUCGCAGUCAGAGCUUCGGUGCACGUUACAUGGACAGACCGAGCUUCAACAGGUCUGGGAAGGUCCGGACGCAGAUCAAAACCCAUUCAGGGAGCUCACUGAACUCUCUUGGGGAUGUCCUUCCCGGUAGCAUGAGCUGCUCCAGUAGCUACCACUGUCCAAUGAAUCGAUCCCUACUGAACAACUUUCUAAUUGAGGAAGGACUGACAGUCCCGUCACAUCUGGGUUCAUCCAGUGAAAGACUUCAGAGUCUUAAGCUGCAGAGAGAGCAGGCGAGGCGCCUUCAGAUCGAGCAGCAGUUUUCCAGCGCCUUUGGUGAGCCGGUCUCUGAGGAACCCGAGAGACAAAGCACCAUAACCACCAUCGAAGAGAAGGUGAUGCUUGGCAUUGAGGAGAACUUGCACAAGUCACAGGAACAUGAGAAAACGAACGAAGUGAAGCAAAAGUCUGGCUCCAGCAUUGCAAGUUGGUUUGGUUUCCGUAAGAGUAAACUUCCGGCUCCAAGCAACAAAAAGACGGAUCCGCCAAAAGCAAAGGAAGAAAAGCGGGAACAAAAGAUUACAUCUCUGCUGGGAGGAAAGAGUGCAAAGUCAGACAAGAAGAAAGACAGACGAAAAAGUGAUGGAAAAGAAUGCUCUGUGGGAAUAAGAGAGCCCCAUGAUGCGGUUCGGGCCUGCAUCUCAAUGCCCUGUCCAGGAAUGUCCCUCACUGAGAUCCAAGGACAUGCUAGCAUCAUAGCGGACCCCCAGCAGAUGAUGAACCGAAGACCUGACGGUGAAAAUGGAUCCGAUGUGAGGAGCCAGGACGCAGUCAUAGGAUCGCGCUGCGCCAUGCGGACGCUGGACAGCGGAAUCGGGACCAUUCCCCUCCCAGAAUCCUGCUCCUUCUUCUCCUCCAUCCUCAGCUUCCUUCCCAAAUCCUCGUCGACCCCCGAGCAGUCCCUCAGCCCUCCCAGUGUUCCCGGUUCCUCCAGUGAAGACGUAUCCCCGUCCCCGUUGCCCCGGUGGAGAGUCCCGUCCAGCGGCAGGGACGGCGGCCGCUCAGGCCUCCCCGCCUCCCUGUCCGACUCCUCCAUGAUCCCGUCGGUGCCUUUCCCCACUGUGGCCUUCCUCCAGCCCUCGUCUCACCCCAUUGUGACCCCAGCCAGUGUGUGUGACACCCAGAGCAGGCUGCCCAGACCGCCCAGAGGUAACGCAGCUAACGCAGAGACCUGAUGGUCUGUUGGUUCCUUUAGGCAGCAGCAGGUCACAAUCAGGUUCAUCCAUGAGUCAUAAAGCUACAGGUCACACCUAGCAUAGUGGCCUUGUUGACACUGUAGGAUGGUGCUAGCUUAAGCUAAAUCUUUUUGCAAAAGGAUUGAGCUAAUAUGUUGUCUUAAGCAAUUAGGCUAAUAUUUUAUGAGGCUAAAUCAUUCAUCUCAAUAUAUUUACCUAGUACUAACUUGUGCUAAAUUAAUAGAUUCAUUUAGCACAAGUAUUUGUGCUAUAAUUACUUGUAGCUAACAAGUAAUUGGCAUUGGCACAACAAUUCUUUGUUGUGGCAACAAGUAAUGUGUCACGCUAAUGUUACCAGAAGCUAAAUUAUUAGACUGAAUGUUUGAACUUAUGUUAGCUUAAGCUAACUCCUUAAGGCAAACACGUUGCCACAUUACGAACCAAAAGCUAAAGAAUGCCUUGCUAAUGUGACCUGCUCCUAAAAUAUUUGACUGUUAGCUUAAGCUACGUCCCUA